CUUCUUUGACGGCAGCUGUGCUUCAAGAACCUUUAUUGGCCUAUCGUCAAGAGUAUCGUAAAAACUGAGAAUAUGGGAACAUAUUUGAUUUUGUUAGGUCUGCUCUCUAUCUGCAGCCUCUCCUUUAGUCAAGUUCCUUUAGAAUGUAAUCGAGAACUUCUGCGGGAUGUGGAUUUCCCAGGAACAGACAUUAUAUUUCUCCCCUCUCCUGAUGUUGAGCACUGUCAGCAGCUUUGCACCCAGCACUCUUCCUGCCUCUUCUUUACCUUUUCUCGAGCUGACUGGACCAGAGAUAACACCUACUUCCGCUGCUACCUCAAGUCCUCUCUCUCUGGACAGCCCGAUGCUCGGACUGCACUCCAAGGCAUCACUUCUGGCUUUUCUCUCAAGCCCUGCAACCCAGACCCACAGCCUUGUCUGUCUCAGGUGUACCAGAACGUGGAAUUCCCAGGGGCAGACUACCGAUCCUUUUUCACAGCGGACCAUGAGGAGUGUCAGAGGGCUUGCACCCAGGACCCUGCCUGUCAGUUCUUUACUUUUGUAAAUGAGCUCUUCACACCAGAGAAGUUCAGGUUCAAGUGCCAGCUUAAAUUCAGCUUGGCAAUACCAAGGACCCCUGUUGUAGAAAGAAAGGCUGGUAUAAUAUCUGGAUUCUCCCUUGAAACACAAACAACUCAAAACACAGCAUGUCUGGGCAAGAUUUUUCCAAGUACUGCCAUUCCAGAAAACCACAUCCAGACACUGCCUGCUGCCUCUCCUGAACACUGUCAGACAUUGUGCUCUGCUCAUCCACUCUGCACGUACUUCACUUAUGUCAGUACUAACUUAAGUUGUCACAUGAAGAAUAAUCCAAAUGAAAUGGUGACCAAAAAGAAAGAGGGAGUCACAUCUGGGAUACCAGCACGCUUCUGUCAGCUGGAUGCCAGCUGGCUUAAGGUUGCUCACAAAGACAUAGAUUUCCCAGGUUCUGACAUUCGCUUUGAGCUGGAGGAUAAUGCAGACACAUGUCAGAAGACCUGUACUGAAGAUCGUUUCUGCCAGUUCUACAGCUUUGACACUGAGAACCUCUUUGGCCUUGAUCGGCGCCGCUGUUAUCUAAAGAGUGUCAUCACCAUGCCUGCCCCUCCUAAAGUCACCAAACAGGCCAAUGUCGUGUCUGGUUUCACACUGAAAAACUGCUGAGUGCUCUACCAGCUCAUACUGUACAGGUGUUCAAAUUAAAUGUUAAUUCUUUAAUAUAUGCACUUUGUGUGCUGAUUGAUCCUAACAUCAUUUGAUUGCUAUUUGAGUUGCAGGUGAGUCUUUUUGUGUGUAAAUAAAACAAUAAAACAGA